UCUGUCACCGCGAGCAUCCCCACUUUCCUUUCCACCUCCACCAACCCUGGCUCGUCCCAGCCCACCAUGUCCAAAUUUACUCCCUCGCCGCAGGAGGUGGCUCUCGUGAACCAGAUAUUUGCCCAGGCGGAUGCUCAGAAGAUAGGUGUCGUCACGGGCGAAGUUGCUGUUAAGAUAUUCAGCGGCAGCAAGCUACCUGCUACUACUCUCGCGGAAAUUUGGAACCUGGCUGAUGAAGAUGGUAAGGGUGUUCUGACGCGCAAAGACGUUGCGGUCGCCGUGCGCCUCCUUGGACACGCUCAGAGGGGAGAGCGUAUUACGGAAGCCCUCGUCCACAAGCCGGGAUCCCCGCCGUCCAUUGAGGGUCUAAUUGCUCCCAUUAGCCAGCAAUGGACGGGCUCACCGAAGUCACCUCCGCCAGGUCCCGCUGCAGGCCUGCCCCCCCUUACUCCGCAAGAUAAAGCCAAGUUCCAGAAGCUUUUUCUCGGCUGCGGCCCCGCAAAUGGUCUCCUUACAGGUGAUAAAGCGCGUGAAGUGUUCGUGAAGUCGAAGUUACCAGUAGAGAAACUCGGUCAAAUAUGGACACUUGCCGAUACGAAGAAACGUGGUGCCCUUGACUUGACGGAUUUCACGAUCGCAAUGUACCUCAUCCAAGCCAGCAUGUCUGGUGCAUUGCCUAGCGUCCCUCCUGCUCUUCCCCCGCAUGUCUACGAGCAGGCUAGGCCCAGCACUGGUGGAGUCGCUACUCAUGCUACUGGAGGCAGCGUCUCCUUCAGCCCAACAUCCAGCGGUUUUCCUGCACGGCCCGGGAGCGCCGUUCAGCCUCAGCACACCGGUACAGCUAUCCUGCAGCCUCAAAUCACCGGUCAGAGACCUGCGCCACCACUUCCCGCUCGGACGCCGACAGUACCACAAUUUCCGCUUCCGACUCAAGCCACUGGUCAGCAUGUUUCAUGGGACGUCACGCCACAGGAAAAAGCGACCUUUGACCAGUUUUAUGAUACCUUGGAUACCCAGAGGAGGGGAUACAUUGAGGGAGAUGUUGCUGUGCCGUUCAUGCUUCAGUCCAAGCUGCCCGAUGACAUUCUAGCGCAGAUAUGGGAUCUUGCAGACUACAGCCACGAUGGUCGACUUACCAGAGAUGGCUUUGCAGUAGCGAUGCAUCUCAUCCACGGCAAGCUGGCUGGCAAGGAAGUUCCAAGCACUCUUCCACCAACUUUGAUCCCCCCUUCCGUCCGCGGUCAGAUAAGUACUACCUCUACACCCUCCCAGCCUGCCCAGCCUGCCGUGCCCGAGGCUAUCAGAGAUCUUCUAUGGGACGACACACCAUCGAGCGCUACAUCUCAAUAUCCUACCGUAUCGGCUUCCCUCCCGCCAAGGACUGGCACGACAUCUCCUAAGCCUACACAACCCCUUGCUUCGAGCAUCUUUGAUGCAAGUGAUCCAUUUUCGACUUCUGGUUCCCCGUUCGUCAUUUCACACGGUACGGGCCAAGCUUCAGCUCCUGCUCCCACCCAAGUACAACACAAAGACUUGUUGGGGGAUGAUGAAGAGCCCGUGUCAACUUCACCUCCGCUUCAGGACAAGUCCGCUGAGAUCGGCAAUAUUCAGAACCAGCUGCACUCUACUAAUCGCGCUCUCGAAACCUCCAAACGUGAACGCGAGGAUUUAGAGAAGAAGGUUGCAGAGCAGGCUACUCAGCUGUCUGCGCUACAGACCCAGCUUUCCUCCGCCAAGGCCUCGUAUGAGACAGAGAUUCGGCUUCUGGCCACUCUGCGUGAGCGCUUCUCGUCUCAGAAUACCGAUAUUCAGACAUCGAGGCAAGAGCUUAUCCGUGCCGAAAGUGACCUCAGUGCUGUGCGCGUCGAGAAAGCCGAAGUAGAGGGCUCACUGUUACGUGACAAGGAGGAGGUCCGGGAAUUACAGCGCAAGAUGGCUGAGGUAGGCAGCGAGGUCGAGUCUCUUAAGGCACAGGUGGAGAAGAUCAAGAAGGAAGCUAAGCAACAGAAAGGUCUUCUUGCGAUCGCGAAGAAGCAGCUGGCCUCCCGCGAGGCUGAACGGGCCAAAGUUGCAACAGAGCUCGAAGGCGUUCAGGCCGACAUAGACGCUACCAACAAGGAGCUUCAGGAGACAGAAGACGAACUCGCUAAGAGCCCUCAACCGCAGCCCUUCUCAAUCCCAGAGCGCACCGCAUCUCCCUCUGGAGACUCGAUCACUACUUUUGCUGCUGCGCACCCGCUUCCCGCCAGCCCCGAGCCUUCCUUGGCAAGUCCAACUAGUGCCACCAGUGGCAAGAGCAAUAAUCCCUUUGAAAGAUUGACCAUGGGCGGUGCUGGCUCUCCUCGCUCACAGUCGCCUUUCUUGCCGUUCGCCGGUAGCGCCGUGUUGCCUACACCGCCUACCGGCACGUCGGUCCCUGAGCAGUCCGCUGCAGACCCCUUCGGUUUUGACGACGCAUUCGGUAACGACGCAGGACCGUCCGAAGAGCAGCCCUCUGAUACGACCACCCCGUUGACUUUGCAGAACGGAUCGCCUUUCGGGGCCGCGCAAACAUCGGGCGAAGGAGCCGACACUUGGUCGCCGACAGAAACGGAAGACUUCGUCACUCCCCAAAGUACGGCGACGCUGCAAGCAGCAACGAGCGAUUCCGAAGGAGUUCGUGCGGCGUCUCCUCCGCCUGCUAGUGCGACCUCACCAGCAAUUGAGCAAUCGAUUCCCGGGCAUUUCCCGUCGAUCGACGGCCAGCAAGAGAAGCGCGAAGAGACGGAUCUCGGCCCCCAAUUGAAAGACCUCGAGGUCAGCGAAUCAGACUCGGAUAGCGAGUAUGACGAUGAACCUUUGGCCAACGUCAAGGCCAAGCUAGAGAAUCAGUCUUUUUCUCCCAGUGCCUCCCAAGCGGCUGCCGGACCUUCAACAGCCGCGUUUGAUGAUUCUUUUGGCAUCUCAAGCCCUCAGCCCACUACGAAUACGUCUGCUUCCUCUGCGUCUUCUUCCUUCCCGUCUCCAGGCUCUCAGGAUACUCCAAAGGCCACUAUUACGUCUCCUUUCCCGGCGCCAGCCUCACCAAUUGAGAACGCUACGUCUACCAAUUCUGAAUCAUCUGCCGCCGGGGCGAGCGACUUUGAUGAAGCCCUAGGCAAGCUUCCUGGAUCUGGAGGAUCUGGAGCUUCUCAAUUCUCUCAUGUCUCACAAUUUACCUUCGAAUCCGCCUUUGAAGAUGAUUUCGACUUCGCUGCCGCGAAAGCAGCAAGUGGCUCGGAACCCGCACCCCGCUCACCUGCCGCUCCUGCUCCUGCUACCUCUUCCGCCUUCCCACCUGUACCUACACCUUCUUCCGCCUUCCCGCCUGUUUCCGCUCCUUCCGCUUUCCCAACCGCUCCCGUUUCUUCGUCAGCCUUCCCACCUGCGCCUGCUCAAGCACCCAAGUCUGAGGGGUUUGAUGCCAUCUUCCUCCCUCAAGGGAGCGCUGGAACGCAGCCUGCUCCAGCACCCGGUCCAGCUCAAGCGGAGUCUUCGAGACCGUUCUCAUUCGAUGAUGUCUUCGGUACGAUCUCGGGUGCUCCCGCCAACAACACGGUCGCCCCUACCAUUCAGCAGGUUCCUAGUGGCAGUCCUCAGGGCCUCUCGUUCGACGAUGCCUUUGAUGAACGCACGUCCACAGCCACAGCUCACAGCCCCUUCUCUGCCUUCGGUUCUCCUGGAUCUGCUCAGCACCAAUCUCAGCCCUCGUCUGAUGUAUCUCAACCUCCGUCUCAAACGUCCACUCCUUUCCCCUCUUCAAUGCCUUCUUCCCCAGCACGCGAAGCUUCUCGACCCGUCUCGGGAUCAGUCGGCUCGAGGCGGUCAAUGUCGCCACCGCCGCGGGAACUCUCACCGCCUCCCCGUCAAUCGGCGAAAUCUCGCCCUUCGACUGCUGGCUCGACGGAGAAGGAGAAGUCGACAAGAACCUCCAAGCUUAGCAUCCGCUUGCCUUUCGGACGGAAGAAGAACAAGCAUGAUCCCAUGCCUUCGCACCUCUCUCAGUCACUUCUGGUGGAGGAGCCUCCUGAGGGUGACGCGACGCCGGCCGCUGAAGAUGACAUUGAUGCAGUUAAGACGAUGUGUGGCAUGGGCUUUAGCCGCACACAGGCAGUGACUGCUUUGGAACAACACGACUAUGAUGUCCAACGAGCACUGAAUAGUUUACUCGGCACACGAUAAUUCUAUAACCCUAGUAUUCUCUUGUUCCCUAUCAUACAACUUUCUCGCGCUUUCUUUACAUUAUGUUUCCCUCUAGCCUGUUUUCUACCAUGGUGAGCUCACCUGGAUUACCCUCGUUUUGGAUAUCGUUAUUAUCGUUCCUUAUCUCUCUGCUUUGUUCCGGCUUAAUGCCACAAAUGGACAAUGUCAAGCCGUCAGCCAUGUACGGAAAAGGCGCACUACACCUAGCAUUGAACCCGCGCGGCGCUGCAUUGAGUCCUGCGUGGGGAAGCCGAGUCGGUGUUGUUAGAAUACUGACGUGACCUGAGUGGGGAAC